AUGAACAUUCCCACUAUCAUUCCCCUUUUCCUUUCCCUUCUUCUACUUUUCCCUCCCUUAGCCAUAUGCGAUGAACGCCAAAGAACCUACAUAGUCUACCUUGGAUCUCACACCCAACAAUACACACCGGACCAGAUUCUUGAAACCCAUCACUCAUGCCUAACAUCAGUCAAAGACUCGGAAGAAGAAGCCAGAGCUUCCCUCAUUUACAGCUACAGGCACAGCAUCAAUGGCUUCGCGGCCUCCCUCACCCCGCAACAAGCCUCCAAACUCAACGAAUUGGAAGAAGUGGUGGCGGUGAUCGAGAGCCGGCCGAGGAAAUACUCGACGCACACUACGAGAUCGUGGGAAUUCUCAGGUUUGAAUUUGGCGGCAGGUUACGAUGUUGCGGAAUCGAUGAAGAAGGAAACAACAAUGGCGGAGGCAGGGGAUUUGCUUCACAGGGCUGGAUAUGGGAAGUCGCUGAUUGUUGGAAUCCUUGACAGCGGAGUGUGGCCAGAGGCGGAGAGUUUUAGCGACGAGGGGAUGGAAGCCGUCCCGAAAUCAUGGAAGGGAAUCUGCCAGACUGGACAAGAGUUUAACUCUUCUCAUUGUAACAAGAAAAUCAUCGGAGCGCGGUACUACAUCAAGGGCUUCGAGACCUACUACGGCCGACUCGACGCCACGGAGGACUACAGGUCACCGCGCGACAAGGACGGCCACGGGACCCACACCGCCGCCACCUUCGCCGGCCGCCAGGUCCGCAACGCGUCGGCGCUCGGCGGGUUCGCCCGCGGGACGGCCUCCGGCGGGGCGCCGCUGGCCCGGCUGGCCGUGUACAAGGUCUGCUGGCCCAUCCCCAACCAGGAGAAGAUCGGCGGCAACACCUGCUUCGACGAGGACAUGCUCGCCGCCAUGGACGACGCCAUCGCCGACGGCGUCCAGGUGAUCAGCAUCUCCAUCGGCGCCGACGAGCCCCUCAGCCCGGUCAACGACAGUCUAUCGAUCGGCGCGCUCCAUGCCGCGAGGAAGAACGUGGUGGUGGUCUGUAGCGGCGGUAACGACGGUCCGACGCCCGGCACGGUGGUCAACACGCCGCCGUGGAUUCUCACGGUGGGAGCUAGCAACAUGGAUCGCGGGUUUUUGGGGACCGUCGUGCUAGGAAACGGCCUGAAAAUCACGGGACAAACGGUGACACAUCACAAGCUGCCCAAAAGGCUCCCACUCAUCAGCGCCGCCGACGCCGCCCUCCCAUGGGUACCGGACAACGAGACCGACCAGUGCCUGCCGGACUCUCUAGCGCCGGAGAAGGUCAGGGGCAAGAUCGUGGUCUGCCUGAGAGGCUCGGGCACCAGAUUUCUCAAAGGAGUCGAGGUGAAGAGAGCCGGUGGCGUCGGCUUCAUACUCGCCAAUACGGCGGCGCUUGGAGACGACGUGUUCUUGGAGCCGCACGUGCUUCCGACGACGGCGGUGACCUACGACGAGACGAGAGAGAUCGUGAGGUACAUUCGGUCGGCGAAGGGUAAUGCGACGGCGAGGCUGAGGGAGCCGAGGACGGUUUUGGGGUAUAAGGCGGCUCCUUUCAUGGCUGCGUUCUCGAGCCAAGGACCUAACGUUAUUCAUCCUUACAUUCUCAAGCCGGACGUGGCGGCGCCCGGCGUGAACAUAUUGGCGGCGUGGAGCGAAGCAUCACCGCCGACCAAACUAUCCGAAGAUCGCCGGAGCGUGAAGUACAAUUUUGAUUCCGGAACAUCCAUGGCCUGCCCCCACGUGGCAGCCUUAGCUGCACUCCUCAAAGCCAUACAUCCUACGUGGAGCAGCGCCGCCAUAAGAUCCGCCAUCAUGACCACCGCUUCGACAAGGAACAACAAGGGCAAAACCAUCACCGACGAACGUGGCCACACGGCGACGCCGUUUCAGUUCGGGUCGGGUCAGUUCCGUCCGUCGAAAGCAGCCGACCCGGGCCUGGUCUACGACGCCUCCUACACCGACUACCUCCUCUACCUCUGCAGCUACGGACUUAAAAACGCCGGCGAACGAUUCAACUGCCCGAGAUUUCCGCCGCCGAUGUACGACCUCAACUACCCAUCCGUCUCCGUGCCCAAACUCAACGGCACCCUAACCAUCAAACGCAGUGUGACGAACGUGGGCGGGGACGGUAACGCCGUGUACUUCUUCAGCGCGAAGCCGCCGCUGGGGAUGACGGUGACGGCGCGGCCGAGCGUUUUGUUUUUUAGUCGCGUUGGAGAAAGGAAGGAGUUCACGUUGACGAUCGAGGCGAGGGAUUUGAAGGAAACGAAGGAGUAUUAUGGUGGAGGUGGGUAUAGGUUUGGGUGGUAUAGUUGGAGGGAUAAUUAUCAUGUUGUGAGGAGCCCGAUUGCUGUAUCUAUGGGUUAGGGCAUAUACCAAGGUUUCUCCUUUGAAAUUGGAUGUGG